GCAAGUUCAAUCCAUUUUCAGCGUCACAUGGGCCAUAGACUUCGCCCACGGUCUUUGACACCUGUUGAUGCUGGACAUCAUCGGAGGUGUAGCUUUGGUUGCAAUCUCAUGGAGAUGGCUCCGAAAAAAUGGCUGCUCAUGCCUGAGCCAGGAAGAUGACAUUGGUGGACCACCAGUCCGCUUUGCAGAGGGCAGUCAAGGACUGGCAGGUGCGGGCUUCAGCGGCUCUUCUGGUACGCCUGCAAUGCGCGGCCUGAAGCAGGCCAGUACACCCAGCCGCCUCAACUUGAAGGAUUUGGCGAAGGAGGCAGAAACGCCUCGAGGUGACAAGAGAGCUCGGCUUGCGCUGCAAAGAAAGGUCAAAUCUGCUCAAAAUCUGAGCGGAUCCGACAGUGUCCAUAGUGGUCGCAUGGGGCGAUAGCUGAGUAGGAACAGUGCUGGCCUGCUGAAAGCAGCUGCCAUCCCAGGGCCAGGUGCCAUAGCGACAGUGUCACAGUGGAGGCAGUCCGCUUCUGUCAGCUGCUGGAGAUUUACUACCU